AUGCAGCUGCAGUACAUGACCAACGAUGAAUGCAGAUCGGACUUCAGAGUGGACUUGGCAGAUCUAGCUGUCUUGGCAGAAGCUUUGAGAAUCCCGGAGAAGUUUGUUUGCCCCAACCGGACGGUGGCAACAGGGAUGGAAGGUCUUUGCGUUGCUCUUAGGCGUUUUGCUUAUCCCUGCAGGUUCAGUGACAUGAUACCUCGCUUCGGUCGCUCUGUUUCAGAGUUGCGUUUGAUCGCUUCAGAGGUGACUGACCAUAUAUAUAAUACACAUGGUUAUCUUUUGACCGAUUUAAACCAACCUUGGCUUCAUCCUGAUCGUCUUCAAGAAUAUGCUAACGCAGUUCACGACGCUGGUGGCGCUUUGGAGAACUGUUGGGGAUUUGUCGAUGGCACAGUAAGACCUAUCUGUCGCCCUGGAGAAAACCAGCGCGUCAUGUAUAAUGGCCAUAAACGUAUCCAUGCCAUCAAGUUUCAAUCUGUUGUGGCACCUAAUGGCCUUAUUGCAAAUCUUUAUGGUCCAGUAGGUACAUUUUAUAUUAAAUAAUAUAGUGUAAUGCAUUACUUAUUUCCUACAGUGUCUAACCAUACAGUAUAUUCUUAUACAGGGUGUAUCAAAAAAAGUAAGACAAUUUUGAAAUUGCUCUCAAUUCCACAAUUCUGUUCAUGAAAUGUAAUUUUUUAUAUGUAUGGAAUGCUUGAGUUCUUAAAUUAUGGAAAAUAUAAAAAAAUUGAAAAUAGUAAAUUUUGCUAUCCAGGGGGGUGGUCAACUUUUGCUCUCCUAAAUGUGGCUUGCGCACGGAAAUGACAAACGGUAUUCUUUAUUUGAGUUCAUGUAUGAAAAGUUCGCUAUUUGUUGCAUUUAUGAUUAAAUUUCGGCAGGAUUUUACCGAAUACAAAUCCUUCGAAAAGCCUAUGAAAACGUUACAUUUUUCUCUGUUGGUGCUGUUCUUGCUUCAUUAUGAAUUCAUUUUAACAUAAACUUGGUUCGCCAAAGUUUCACGAACGAAUAUCCAGAUGUACGAUGCCCUUCACGUAUUCGCACGCGAAGGGCAUCGUACAUCUGGAUAUUCUUUCGUGAAACUUUGGCGAACCAAGUUUAUGUUGUUGCUACGGAGGAACUCUGAUACCACAAAAGCUCUCUGCUGCAGGGUAAAUUGUGGCAUCGCCAUUUCAAAGUGUACGGGGCUCCAUGGAAAUUCCAUGGAACUCUCAUGCAUGGGAGUAAAAAUGAAUUCAUAAUGAAGCAAGAACAGCACCAACAGAGAAAAAUGUAACGUUUUCAUAGGCUUUUCGGAGGAUUUGUACUCGGUAAAAUCCUGCCAAAACUUUAUCAUAAAUGCAACAAAUAGCGAACUUUUCAUACAAUCAUGAACUCAAAUAAAGAAUACCGUUUGUCAUUUCCGUGCGCAAGCCACUUUUAGGGGAGCAAAAGUUGACCACCCCCCUGGAUAGCAAAAUUUACUAUUUUCAAAAUUUUUUAUAUUUUCCAUAAUUUAAGAACUCAAGCAAUCCAUAUAUAGCAAAAAUUACAUUUCAUGAACAGAAUUGUGGAAUUGAGAGCAAUUUCAAAAUUGUCUUAUUUUUUUUUAUACUCCCUGUAGUGUAUGGAUUUAAUAAUUUUUGCAUACACUUAUAUAUUUUAUAGUACUUAUACUUUAUAUACUUAAUAUAUGUGCUUUUGUUUUUAGAAGGAAAACGACAUGAUGCCGGGAUGUUAAGAAUGUCCGGCCUUCUUGACCAACUGGAUCAACAUUGUAAUACCCCCCUUGGUGACCCUCUAUGUAUUUACGGAGACCCUGCUUACCCAUUAAGAAGGCAUCUCCAGAAGCCAUUCCAGCAUCCUAAUCUUGAUGAAAGGCAACUUGAGUUCAAUUUUUGGUGA